AGAAAAAGCAAGGUGAUUUAAGCCUUGUAUCUUCCAUUAAUACUAAUUGCCACUUUUGAUGAGUUUUGACACAUUAGCCUUAAAACGUGCUUUCAGUUUAUGAAGUCGUUGGAAAUUAAAAACGAUUAUACGAAUUGCUAAAAACCGCUCGAGAGACAUGCUCGAAUUUAACACUUGUCCGCGAAGCAGCUUUUUUAUUACCAAAACUAUAGAUUUCUCUCUCUCUCUCUCUCUCUCCCUCUCCCCCCUUUUCUCUCCGUGUGUGUGUGAAUCUGUGGCUGCGCAGAGUCUCCGCCGUUGCCUCAAGUGGAUUUGAUUUAGUUCUUUACUUUCGGAUGGUUCAACAGACAAAAGAUUCGACAUUUACUGAAUACGGGCUUGCUCAUGUUCAAUCUGGCUUGUCGAACUCUGAUAAGCAGCUUUCAGAAUUUGUACCUGCAAAGACAUCGGAAUUGCAGUCUUCCUGUAAUGAAAAUCCAAUGACGGUGUCAAAAUCUAUUGGAAGCCCUCUCCUUAUGGAGGAUAGUGAAUGUGCUGGUGAAGUUGUUAAGAUGUCUGGAACCAAAAGGCCCAUAUCUGAGUGCCAGCAUAGCCCUCCAAGAAGUAAUGUUGGGAGCGGGCACAUAGUCUAUGUUCGCAGAAAACCGGAAACAGAUUUAGCCAAGAGCAACGUUUCUCAUGUUCGAGUUGAUGCUGUUGAUUGUCCUCCAGCCAAGAGCAAUGCUUGUCAUAUUCGAGUUGAUGCUGUUGUUUGUCCUCCUUCAGUGAAAUCCUCGGACCAGGGUGAAGCAACUCAACAACUUAAGGAGAUGAACGAACAUGUGAUUUCUGUAUCAGAUAUUGCACCACUUCAGAGGGCUUCUUCCCCAAGUUUCUCAUCUACAGGACGCUCAGUUUCUCCAUCUCUUGGAAUGUCUAAUAACAUCUCAUCACCAGAAAAUAUGAAGCAUGUUCAUGUUGAUUGUGCAAAUCCUUCAUCAGAAGAUCCAAUAAUGGUGAAUGUUGCGCUUUGGGAAAAACGAUAUUGCCGUUUGCAGAGUUUGUUGAAAAUGUUGGAUCAAUCAGAUCAAUAUGAAUAUGUUCAGAUGCUUCGAUCUCUUUCCUCUGUUGAGCUUAGUAGGCAUGCUGUCGAACUCGAGAGACAAUCAAUUAAGCUUUCAUUAGAGGAAGCAAAAGAGAUGCAACGAGUUGGGUUGUUUGAUGUGUUGGGUAAAUACGGCAAGAAGGUAUGCACACCCUCGACACAACAAGAGCAGCAGCAGCAGGUACACAAGUGAGGAAAUAUUAGACAGAUAAACAAAAACAAAUUGAUUGUUGUAUGUAUAUGUUGUGAUAUGUUGUAUAUUGGGGAUUGGAGGCGCCAUUCAAUUAUAGAACUAGAGAUUUGUUGUAUACACUGUACAACAGUGACUGCUUUAUGGGAUUAAUAAUGUUCACUUACCAUGUUUUCUUUUCUUUAAUGGAUUAAGUAC